UAUGAAGUUAAUUCUUCUUUUUGCGAUGUUGAUGUUAGUGUAGAACUAUUGGACACCAUAGUUUGAUGAUGGAUCUCAAGUUAUAGUUACAUACUCAUCUGGUCAUAUUUUAGAAAGCUAAUCUAGCGUUCCAAGGCAAGUAGUUAUUAAUGUUCAAUUCUCUAUCGUUUUUCAGCUCACUCCAUAAAUUUUUAUUCAACCACUACGAGUAGAUUGGGUACGAGAUUUUCCUGGAGGGUUUGCUGGAGGAGUUACAUCUAUCACUACAACUGGUAAUUAAUUUCUUAAACCUAAAGGAUUCAAAAUUAGUGGAAUCGCAUUAAGCCCAAAUCCUGUUUAUGAAUUGCAUUUUUAUUGGAUUGCUACUACUGAUCCGAGAAUUUUAGUAAUAACAUUUGCGACAUGGGAUGUUGAUAUAUUAAAGUCUGGUUCAGGAGAAAGGGAAGUUUAAUUCAUAAUUGAGCACGAUUUAGAGGAUGCCACAAACGGACUAAUCUCACUAAUUGGCAUCAAACAUCUAGCUUAUAACUCUAUUAUAGAAAUAGAUGUAAAUAAUUGUAAUUUUCUUCAAUUAGAUUGCAGAGAUAACUUCAAAAUAUAUUACUGUUUCAGCAAGGACAUAUUCCCAAUCAUAUUUGGAUUAUAUUAAAUUUAAUGUCCUUCUAGGUACUGCAGAAUCAUUAUGGUCGUCCCCUAUGUAGGCGUUAAUAAAUCCUCCAAAUCAUCCAUUUGUUUCAAGAGGGAAUGGUGAGUGUGAUCUUAAUAUUUCAAUUGACCGGCCGUAGAUUUUGGGAAACUAUCAACUUAUUCCUGUUAUAGCAAUUAGAGGGUAUGAUUAUAACAACGCUGAAAACAUUAGGUUGAAAUUUAGAAAUGUUGUAUUAAAUACCCAAAUAUAAUAUAUACUCUCAACUUGUAAAACAUCCAAAUUAUCUUUAGGGUCAACUUCUAUAGUCUAUAGAGUUUACUAUUAAGGGGCUAUUUUUAUAUAUGAUCCAAACUUCAAAAUUUUUGAUCCAUUUUGUGCUGAAAUAUUUUCUGAAUGUGAUUAUAAUGGUGAUACUAUCAUAAUUUGUUAAAAAACCCCUGAUUUGCAAGCCUUAGGUUGGUCUCAACCUAUCCGUUCCAUUAGUGUUCCAAAAAACAGAAAACUACAUCUGUUUAAUAAUGUUAACUUUAAAGGAGUGAAACAAUCUCUCAUUUAAACUUAGCAAUGCAUUGAAUUUCAAAACAUUUCAUCUUUAAAAUUUGAUUCAGCAGUCUCUUAAAUAAAAGUACUUUAUCUCAAUACAAUUGCUGCUGACAAUUGUAUUACAAUUACGUUCUACAGUUAAUGCAACUAUUAAGGGGAGAUUUUUCAAAUAAUUAAAGGAAAACAUUUAUAAUUAUCAAAUAAGAUCCCUUUUGAAAUCAAGUCAAUUCGCACUUGCCCUAAUGUGAUCAUAAAAUUAUAGGCCCCUAACUAUGUUUAAGGAUCUAUCAAAGAAAUUACUACUUCGUAAUCAUGUAUGAAUAGCUAUAAAGUAAAUCCAUAUUUAUAAUUGAUUAGUUCCCUAAAUAUAUUGCAAGUAAUUGA